UGUGUGUGAGGGAUGAAGCAGGAGGACUACAAGGGAUGCGGGUGGGGGAUGCGGCACCUGAGGAAGGGAAGGUGUGGCGGCGGCGUGAGAAGCGAUCAUCGAGGUAGUGGGAAAAUAUAAUUGGCCCCGAGCAUGGCCAGGGAGUCUGAGUUAGGUUCAUGCACCAGCGGGGCUGCCGCAAGCCGCCAUACGCCCACUCUCUCUUUACUACCCCGCGUCGCCCUUUCCUCCAUCCUCACCACGCCCCCAUGACAAACGUCCCUCCUUCACCUUCAUUAUGGCGUCAUAAGAGCUAUUUCAAUUUUCUGGUGAAAUUUUCCGGUUCAGUUUAGUGCCAUAAACUUUAGAAACGACGAACUGGAAACUCGCAGCCCAUCUUCUCCAGGACUUCGCCUCAAAGGAAUUCUGGUCCACACAUUCUACGUCUGACCAUGUCGAGCGAGGUGCGCGCCCGCCGACCUGCGUUGCUACACUGGUGCGUCUGCCACUCCGCCGGAGAGAAGUUGGUGUGUUGAGGCGAGGCGUAUCAAGAAGUGUGUAGAUAAGCGUACAGUGUCUCGAAAAAGAGCAAGGAGUUAAUAUAAUAAUCUAGAAACAGUCCCAGUGAAUAAUAGAGGACGAAUUCUUCUUGUGUUUUGUGUAGGAAGCGAAAUCUCAUUCAUGUAAUAUUCUUAUACUCUGAGCGACACUGUUGUGCCCGGAGGAACGUGUGCCCCGUGGGUGGCGGUGUGCAGCUGCUCUGACAAGCACCUGUGGGGAGGUGGGCGAGUGAAGGCGAGUGAUUGAACAACGGCUGAACAGGGAACAUAAGUCCGCACCGUAGCCUGAGGGCAGGACGGGCAGAGGAACAUACCUGCCCUACACAAAACACCUUAAAUAAAUCUUCGAAAAAAUACCAGAGGCAGCGUUGGCGGACGGUCACCAGACACAUUUACCGCCUUGCACUGGCGAGGCUUACCACUAAAGCUGGUCCUGGGAGGCCGCAGGGCACCAUGCCUGCGCCUUGAGCCUCGCGCCUCCCUCAACUCACCCUGCCGGCGCCCUACCCUCCCUUGUCCUGCCGCGCAUUGGGAGCCAUGGGAGGGAGCAUGGGCAAGGGUGGGAAGGGCGUGUCGCUCCUGGACGCCCUGCCCUCCCUUAAUGCCCCGCUUCAUGUGGUGAUGCUCGGCCUCGACUCUGCCGGGAAGACCACUGCCCUCUACCGCCUCAAGUUUGACCAGUACCUCAACACCGUGCCCACCAUCGGUUUCAACUGUGAGAAGAUCAAAGGAACCUCCGGCAGGUGUAAAGGCACAAGUUUCCUGGUGUGGGACGUGGGCGGGCAGGAAAAACUACGUCCGCUGUGGAGGUCAUACACGAGGUGCACGGACGGCAUCGUGUUCGUGGUGGACUCUACGGACACUGAGCGGAUGGACGAGGCAAAGAUGGAACUGGUGAGAACUGUCCGUGCCCCCGAGAACCACCACGUGCCCAUCCUAGUGCUGGCCAAUAAGCAGGACCUCCCCGGUGCUAGGGACGCCAAACAGGUUGAAAAGUGUCUGGGUCUGUGGGAGCUGGGUCCGUCACAGCUGUUCCACGUGCAGCCCUCGUGUGCCAUCAUCGGGGACGGCCUGGCGGACGGCCUGGAGUGUCUCUACGAAAUGAUCUGUAAGAAGAAGAAAAUCACUCGAGGCAGUCACAAGAGUAGCAAGAAGAGGUGAUGCUGUGCGCCGCCCUUGCUGCUUCUUCCCUCCCCACCUCCACGCCUCAGACCCUCCAUCUCCUGCAUCCCUCCCUUACCACCGUACCGUCUCCUCUCCUCCCGUCCAUUCCCCUUAACUGCCCCCACUACAUGCUCCAGCACGCUCAUGGAAGUGCACAUGCUCACAGUGGCGCCCAGGCGCGCCGCGCAGACCCCAUCCCUACACACACACACACACACACACACACACACACACACGGCUGUAUUAGCUUUAAGUUGUAUUGAUAUUGAAUAAAAGCUAUGUUUGAUGUAA